GGCCUUGAAAGAGUGGCGGGCGGCGGGAGCGGGAAAGCAAGCGCCGGGAAUCCCGGGAAAACGCCGGGAAUCCCGGGCAGAACGGCACGGCUGGAAGGGCUGAGCGGGCACCCGAGCUGCUUAGGGGGAGGGAUCUCUGAGCUCUGCAUGGAAACUCCAGUGGGUUUUGAGGUUCUGAGUGCACUGAGGAUGAAACAUCUCUGUCUCUAGUGUAAUUUACCCAGAAGAGAAGAAGAAUUUGGGCCUCAGAGGAGUCUUUUUCUUCCCUUGUUGAAGGAAACACCUUAAAAGUACAAAUGGACAGGCAGUGUUACCCUGGUGGCUGCCAGGUGGUUCCAGUUUGGAAGUUGGUGGCCAUGUGGCCAUCAGGAAAGGUGGAGGAGGAGGAGAAUGUAAUCCUGAUCAGUGAUGAUGAUGAUGAAGAGGAGAGCACCCAAGGGAGUUCUGUCCUGUUUGUAGAGCCACAGGAGAAGCCUUCCCUGCAAGAGAAGAAAUCAGAAGAACUGGUGGAUGAGGAGGGGGAUUUAGUGGUCACCUACUGCAAACAAGCCAACGUGAUGCCUCACGCCCGACACGACUGCACCACGCACCCCUUUGAGAGGAGAGAGAGUGAUACUUGCUUCCCCCUUGGGGAAAAUGCAGAUAUUUGUGACCAGUGCUACUGCUACAUCUGUGACAAACUGGCUGCUGAGUGCCAGCUCUGGACAGUCCCUUCCCUGUGCCACUGCAAUGCCCACAACAAGAGCAACUUCUGGAAGGCACAGAGGAACUUUGCCCUGGCUGGAGUCCUGGCCACCUUCAACCUGGAGCUGCUGGAGCUGGACACAGAGCUGCGGCACGGGGGAGAUCUCCUAGAAAAAUUCAUCAGGGAUCUUUCUGUAGCCUAUAACAAAUACCUGACAGGAGAAAGGAUCUGUUCCCCACGACAGGAAUGCUGCUGCCAGCCAAAAUUGCCCCCGGGGCAGUGCAAUCUCUGCAGCUCACGGAACAUGGAGGUGGUGUACAAGUAA